AAAGCGUUUAAAUUUUGCGGGAAAUUAAAAUGGCGGAGAAUAACAAAAUUAUAAAUGUUUUGAAUGUAUUUCCGUUAACUAAACUAUCAGAAGAGUGGGUUAAAGGUGUUUGGGACUCUGACUUUACUGAUGUCAGUGGCAUAGAUGAAGAUGUCAUACUGGAGACUGAGCCUGCCACAGUGCUUGUAUACCUGGUGGAGCUCACCUCAUGUCUCAACCACUGGACCAAGCAUGAGGAAGGCGAUGGUGAAGGUCUGUGGUCAGUCCUGGUUGAAAAUGACAUAUCCCUGAAAACACUCCAAGCUUAUUUGGCCUAUCUGCUUAUACGUGGACAGAAGAAGCAUGCAGAUGUUGGGGCCCGAGAGGUGGGUAUACAGGCUGCCAGGGCGUACGUGACCCUUGUCCAGGUCCCAGGCAGUGCUGCCUUUAAAGUCUUCCACCCUGAGCUCUUUGAGAAGUCAAUUGAUUUGGUGAAACAGCUGCUUAUACUGGGUUCAGCAGGGCCUGCCAAGAGGAAGCGUAACAGCAUCACCCCAGUGAAGAGUAGUCAGAGUAAACGUAGCAAGCAGCGCAACAACAAGAGAAACAGCAAUGCUUCAGAUGUCAUGGAAGAAGGAGGAGAUGAUGUCAAUGAUGCUGAUGAUGAUGAAAUGGCAGAGGAUCUGGCCCCUCAAGAGAUGGCACGCCUACGAAAACUGACACAUUGCCUUCUGCAGGAUAUGGUAGAAUUUCUGGAGAAGUUUUCUAUCCGCCAGUCUGCCUCGUCAGGUUACCAUGCUGUGCAAGUAUUUGCUCCACUCACACGACAUGAACCGGAGUUAUUUGAUGGAAAUUUCGGUGAAAAUAUACCAGUGUCAAGAAUGUCUGUUCCAGCCCUUGCUUACAAGGCGCUGUUGCUGCUGUGUACACCACUGCACGGACAUGUGGGGCCCUUGACCAAUGCUACGUGUAAGUGUCUGCUGCCCAACUUACUAAUGUUGCUAGGUGACAAAGCAGUUCAGAACAUCUCCAAGCAGAUGAUUUCAAUACGGGACAUUGCCAUCAAUUUUGUUGGACACCUGCUGAAGCAGUGUGGUGACAGAGGUCAGGCUAGCGUGAGGACCUUGCUGCAGCACAUGUGCACCAAGGUGACAGACCGUGCUGAGUACCGUACCAAGGUCGCGCAGGCUGUGGUGCUUGUAUCUCAACAACUCCCUGCAGCCUCCUAUGGUGCCAUGGUGCAGUGGUUCCACAAGCUGUCCAGGCACUCACAGAUCAAUAACCGUGGGUUUGCCCUGGAGAUCGUGUCCACCCUGCUGUCAAGCCCUGAGCGAGGGGCCAGUCCAGACGUUCCGCAGGAGCUGCAGACUUACAUUACCCACAAGUCCCUGUUGGGCAUUCUUCUGGAGCGUUGUUCAGAUAAGGCACCCACUGUUCGGGCGCGUGCAAUCACCUGUUUUGGCCAGUGCCUGUCAUCUGCCGAUGAGAGGGUGGUAAGAACUGUGAAGGAUAUCAUGACGCCCCAGUUUGCCCCUCGACACCCCAAUGCACCUCAGCGUCUAAUCAGAACACCAGGAGCAUCUAUAAGGGUUCCAGUAGACUCUGCAGCCCAUGACUGCACGCGUGGGUCAGAGGAGACUAUCGCUCAACAGACUAUAGAGGGCGCCAGCAGACUGCCAGAGGGGUCAGAGGUCCACGAGCAGGAGCAGAUCACUCCCAUGAACAGAGUGCACCUGACCCCGGGAUUCGACCCCAACCUGUCUGACAGUGAAGGGGUGUUCUCUAUGCUGAGAAGGCGUGCGCGAGACGAGAAGGUCAAUGUACGCAAAGCUGCCCUGCAAGCCAUCGAGGCAGCCAUCAGAUUUGAAAUGCCAAACUGUAACGAACAGAACCUGAAGGUGUUGAGGGAUCACUGUCGAGACCCAGGACUGUCUGCACGGAAACAAGCCCUCCAGUGUCUGACUGACCUCCUUGUGGAAUACCCCACCCACCCGGUUUUACAGCAGACCUGGCUGGAGGGAGCAUUGCCCCUGGUGAUAGACCGGGAGCAGACACUCUCAGACAAGUGUAUGGAAACUUUGGAGGACCUCAUACUCAACAAUGUGGUGCUCAUCAUCAGGUCCAACUCCCCUUGUCACCAGCUGGCCUGGGACCUGCUGGGUGUGAUAGCCCGGCCCCACAGUGUGGAUCAGAGACGAUACCUGCAGAAGGCAUGCGCUCACUGGUCAAGACAAGGCAAGAUCAAACCUGCCCUUAUAUCCGCCUUGGAGUCGCACAUUGGCUCUGAAAAUAAUGCUGGAGCUUGGAUGCUGCUUGCUGAAAUAGCUCCUGCAGCACCAAAGAUCAACCCUUCCUUUCUCCUGAAGUACUGGACUUGUCAUGGACAUGAUGAAAACUCUAGUGAUAUCUUGGAACGGGUGCUGACUGUGAUGAAAUAUGUUGCCAAGCACUUACAGAGCAGUGAUCGGGAAAACCUAAGCUCGGAUCUAAAGUCGCGUCUGCUGAAGUUUGACUCUCCCCCAGAAUUGAUCUCAGUCACUGUGGCUACUUUAUCUAAGCUGUGCAGUGUGCAGUCAAGUGAGUCUGGAAACGUUGCCUUGGCAACUGAAUGGGCUAAAGAACUUCUUACAGCAUGUGACAGCUACCUGUCUAAAGUCAUCCUACAGAAUGAUGGCAUCAACAGCAGUGAAGACAUGGUGGUGUGUUACCUGUUCACGCUGGGAGAGGUGGUACAGCUGUGUCCGGGCCAGGUGCCCAAGCGAGUCUUCCUGCUGGUACAGAGCAUGAUAGCUGCCCCCUGUCUUCCCCUACACCCACCCCCCUCAGAGGCACACACCUCAGCCCACACGUCUGCUGGUUCAGACGGUCUCAGCAAUUCCCAGGGCUCUACUGACAGCCAUGGCACCCAGGCUAGUCAGGGUACACAAUUCACACAGGGGACACAACUCACACAGUUCAGGGGCUCACAAAUGUCCAGCAGGAUCAGAGCAUUUGCGUUCAUCACACUUGGUAAGCUAUGUCUGCAGCAUGAACAGCUAGCUAAGAAGGUUAUAGCCGCCCUGGCACGAGAACUGGAAGUGUCUACAGAGACUGCCAUACGUAACAAUGUGAUGAUGGUUAUGUGUGACCUCUGUGUCAGGUACACAACUACGGCAAACCACUACAUUACAAACAUCUCAUCGUGCCUCAAGGACCGGAGUCCGCUGGUGCGCAAGCAGACUUUGACACUGAUCACGCGUCUUCUGCAGGAGGACUUCCUAAAAUGGAAGGGGGCGCUGUUCUACCGCUUCAUUUCUACUCUGCUUGACGAGUGUGAAGAGAUAGCGAAGUUUGGUGAGUUCUGUCUGCUGCACAUGUUGAUCCAGCGACACCCCACCAUGUUCUUCCAACACUUCAUGGAGUGUGUCUUCCACUUCAAUGACUACAGAGAUCAUGCAGUCUACAACAAGUUCAGCCAGACUGAGAAGGACAGGCACAUUUUCUCACUGAAAGGUGAACAAAACGCCAGAUUCAGAGACAAGCUGUACAAGUUCCUGUUGGAGCACAUGUCAGAUGAUCACCGGUUCCAGAUCCAGUCCAAACUGGUUCAGGAGGUGCUGGGAGGCAUAGUUGACAACAUCCUGCCCAUCAAUGCAGACACCAGUGAACUCCUGAAGGACGUACUUGCUAUACUCAGCUGUAAGGAGAUCAAACUGUCCUCCUUGAAAGUCAAGCCCACUGAGGAGGUGGCCACAGAUGAACAGGAAAUGGCAGCUGUAGUCAUAGCUACCGCGAAGAAAACCAUCAUCACACAGGUUGUAAAGAAAAAUGUAAUGGAGAAUGUGGUGCCCAUUGUGGUGUCCUUGAAACAUCUGAUGGAGAGGCAGAAGUCCCCACUCAUCAAGCAGGUGCUCACAUACUUGAGGGAGCUUGUCAAGGACUACAAGACAGAGGUCAAAGAGAUUCUGUCAGCUGACCGUCAACUGGCCACAGAGAUCGAGUUUGACCUUCGUAAGUUUGAGGAGGAACAAGAGGCCCUGGUCAGGAAGCUGGCCCCUAAUGUGGCCCCAAGUGUCCAGGGAACCCCUCGCUCAGGCGGUGCUAGAAGCCCCCAGAUACAUGCCAAUUCCCCAGGGCCCAACCAUGCCACCCAAUCCCCCCUUGCUCGGUCUCCCAUGGGAACAGCGUCGCCCUCAAGGUCGCCUGCACUGAAAGCUACGCCAGCCCCAGGGGCUAGGAAGGUGGGCAGCCCAGUACUGCGGAUUGCACCACUAAGAGCUACUCCCAUGAAGGAUGCCCCACUGUCGACCUUGGCCCUGUUAAACUCGGCCAGACGAGCCAUGCAGGCCCCCCAGACCCCUGUGGUCCUUAAUCAGAACGUGGAGGGAGAUAGCAGAAGUGCAGUCAGACCAGCUCGGUCUCAAGGAAGUACGCCACAGAUGUCAGGCAAAGCUGCAGCAAGUCGAGCCAUCAGCACCCCGUCGGUUGCUAUGGGCAAUAUCACCUUCCAUGGCGAUGCAAACAUGACUUUCAUGCCUCCUUCCCCUAUAGUUGAGAAUGUAGACGUUCAACAUUUGUAUGAUGAAUCCAGUGCAAUAUGCGACAAGGAAAACGAUUCCCAUGAAGAAAAUGUUUUGCUGCUGAAGUCGCCAAUGGCAGCAAACCCUAGGCCUCGAGUAUGGAAUGUUUUGUCACCGGCCCCACAGAAGUCAGGCAAGCGAGUGAGCAAGGAGGGUGAGAGUGUACAACCAACCUCUGUGUUGAGUUCUCAACCUGAAGAGAAUGAAGAAUCUGACUCAGUUGUGGAAGAAGAACAAUUGCAGCCGAAAGCUAAACCUUUGUCCAAAAUAAGAAACAAAAGUCCAGCCAAGCCAUCAAGUAGACCCACAAGAAAAAAGGCUCCUAAAAAGUGAUUUUGUUUUGAAACAGACGUUACUGCACUGGGAUUGGACUCCAAACAGCUUUUGUGAUGCGUUAUACAAGUUUCUGUUAUGUACAUAUUAUAUGUAACCUAGAAACAAUUUGUUUAUUAAUCAGUCCAUUGCCUUUAUACCACUGGAGGAGACUAGGCAAAAUCCUGUGCUUACCUGAGGAGUGACUACAGUUUCUUGAUGAAACAAGGACUGUUAACAACCUUUUAUUGGGUCCCAGAAGUUAAAGGUGUAGUCACUGGGAUUAACAAUGAAAGUUAAAAUGCUUGACUUAAGACUUAUCACAUAAAAUUUUGUCUGGUGAACAUUCAUCAAGAUGGUAUAAAUUAUUGCUUGUUGUUAAAUAUUGCUUUUUUCCACAAUAUUUUUAGCUCGACUAUUAUAUAUGAAAUAUAUAUAGUGGAGCUAUCCUACUCA